GCCCACCAAAUAAAACCCUUUCUUUGGACAAAGGCGAAGCCCAUAACGUAAAGCCGAAAAAUUUUGAUCCGUAGCGCCAACUCGUCCCGCCAUCAAGCCACCCUCUUUUUCAUUCCUAUUUAUUUAAUGUCUUCUCUUUCUUUUCUGAUUCCAGUUAAACAAACACAUUCAUUCCCAACAAUCAGAAAAUGGUUUCUGUGGGCCCAGGCAAGUUCUACGGCACCAGCCUCCCCCGCCCUCGGAUCUACACCGACGUCAAGUUCAACGACCACCGCAUUGACCCACCCACUCCCGUCAACGGCCCACUUAUGUCCUGGGCCCAAGAAGCCCACUGGUCCAUGGGCGGCCUCAGCUUCAAGCGCCUCCGCCUCCAGGGCAAAAUAGAAGGCAACGUCGAAAGGCUCCGCUACCAGCGCGAGAAGGCCCAAGCCCAAAGCCCGAGCCCACCACCCCCGCCGCGCUCCGUUCUCCGCGGAUCCAAAAGAACUUCCUCCCCUUCGCCGCCACUGGCUCCGUUCGCGACGAAACGCCGAAGGUGCAUGGAUCUGAUCCUAGAAGAAGAGGUUGAAGCUCCGAGUGCUGGCGUUAGGAAGAGUCGCUUAGUGAAGAAGCUUGGCGAUGAUUUUGAUAGGGUGGCUUCUUUGGAGAACGAGGGUGCUGAAACGACGUCGUUGAAGACUCGGAGUAAGAGAUUGGUUAAAGGUGGCAAACCUGUGAAGAAGAUGGCGGUUGAAGAGUCGGAGAAAUCAAAGCCCAAAGCAAAGAAGAGUACAGCUGAAGCUGCUGGGAAGAGCUUUGUUUCUGUUAACGCUGUUAGAACUUCGCCCAGAUUGCCCAAGCGUGUGUCCAAACACCUAUAGAUUAGAUGAGGAUAAAGAUGCUUUAGAAAUCCAUGUUAUAAGAAAAUUGUGAAUAUGAUGUUAAAGAAAAUUGUGUUUUUUACUAGAAUGUUUAUGUAUUACAACAUUAUUCACUUUCAUUACUUAAAAACUUAAAAUGUCUUUUUAAUUUACCUUCUUUUUUUUA